CGGUCUGCGAGCUAAAGUCCAGUAUUCACAGUUGAGAUUCAGCCCCGUUACACGUCGAGGAACCCGGUCUGCCGUCUCCACCUUCUCCUGAACUCUGCGCCGAGUAUAUCUAUCUAUCUGUCUGACGAACCAUGGGAGUCGAAGGCUGCACCAAAUGCAUCAAGUACAUGCUUUUCUUCUUCAACUUCAUCUUCUGGCUUGCCGGAGGAGUGAUCCUGGGUGUGGCCCUUUGGUUGAGACAUGAUCCCAAGACAAGCAACCUGCUGGAGCUGGAACUUGAUGGAGCCCAAGCCCCCAACACCUUCUACAUUAGUGUCCACAUCCUGAUUGCUGUCGGCGCUGUGAUGAUGGUGGUCGGUUUCCUCGGUUGCUAUGGUGCCAUCCAGGAGUCUCAGUGUCUGUUGGGAACUUUCUUCGCCUGCCUGGUCAUCCUGUUCGCCUGCGAAGUGGCAGCUGGAAUCUGGGGCUUCAUGCACAGAGACACAGUGUCAAAGGAGAUGAUCACCUUCUAUGACUCUGCAUAUGACAAGGCCAUGACACAAAGCCUCACUGACCCGAACAACAAGAAGACUGCUACCACUGUGCUCAAGGUCUUCCAUGAGACGCUGAACUGCUGUGGUAAAGGCCUGGGGACCUCUAUUCUGACAAGCUUCACAGACGCAUUCAGCAUAACCGACCUCUGCCCCAGCGGCUCACAAAAAGUUAAUUGCCACCACAGGAUCAACGAGUUGUUCUCAGAUAAGAUUUAUCUGAUUGGUAUCGCCGCUCUGGUGGUUGCAGUUAUUAUGAUCUUUGAGAUGAUCUUCAGCAUGGUGUUGUGCUGUGGGAUCCGCAACAGCCCCGUGUACUGAGGCGCCGGGCUGCCAGCGUCCUCGCCAAUGAAGGAAGGACGACCUCUCCGUCUCGCUCACUUUUCUUUUCUUUUAUAAGCAGGAACCGUCACAUACUAUUGCUUGCUGGAUUUUAGUCGGCUCGUUGAGAAGACAACAUAAACCAUCCUCCAUUGAGCGUUUUAAUUACACUGUCAAUGAUUUUGUUUUUGUUAGUCACAGAUGCUGUUAUGCAUAUUUGACCAGUACUAUCCUAACCUGAUAUGUAGAUAUUAUAUUACACUGUCACAUUGAAUUACUUCCACCAGUCCUGGUGCUCUAAUCCUUUAGGGAUUCAUUAGUUGUUUACUGCCUCCUUGCCUAUGAACAUGCUCUUAUAUUCUUGGUUUUAAGGAUGUUUUUUUUUCACUGUUUUAUGUAUAAACUGUAUAUAAAUAUAUAUUAACAGUGCUUUAUGACUGCAUGAGCAUGGAUACUACAGUAAAUUCUCCUGUAUUCUUCCUGCACUAUGCUUAUAUGUCUUGCCCUAGACCGAACCAGAUGAUGGUGUAUAAGACCGGCACUAGUGUUGGCCUCACCAUGCUGCAUAGAGGUGAACAUACACAAACACACUUCCCCGUCCGACAGAUCAUUGUCUCGGUUCACAUCCACAUCAAUGAGAGGAUUUAUACCAUCUCUCAUGUCUUUAGGCUAAAUAUGAAGCUACAGCUAGCAGGUGAUUAGCUUAGUUUAGCAGAAAGACUAGAACAAAGGGGAAAUGAGUGCUGGAAGUAUUUUUCUCCGGGUGCAGUGACGUCUGGAGUCUUGUCAUCUUGAGUUGGCAGGUGGAAAGUCGCACCAGGCCGAGAAAUAGUUCCAGCAAGUCGCUCCCCUUAAGUGUUACCCAUAAUAAUGCCAAACAGUCAUAUUCAACUCCCCAUAUUGUUACAUUUGUCAGAUUCACAAUUGAAUGGUGUUUUUCAGGGCUGUUGUAUUAGAUUAGAUAUUACAAGUGUUCAUGCUUUUGUAUCUGCUCCCUUCAACUUUAUUGUGUAAUAGUCUCAGACUACUAACUGCAGUGGUAAUAUUUGUAGUAGUAGAGGGCAGUGCAGUCACAUGAAAACUGUUGAUCUAAAAUCAGACUUAAAGGUGCCAUAUUUUACACUUUUCCUGUGUUGUAUUUGAAGUGUCGAUCCAUAAGAAGAUAUAUUUGUGGUUUUAAGCCAA